AUUUUGAAUGAUGCCUAAUGAUAAGUAAGUUAUUUAUUUAUCAAUUGUAGUUAAUUGGAAUGUUAUGAAAUGGAGGAUGAUAAAUUGUCAGCUAAAGCAACUACAAAAAAAAUACAAAAUAGGAAAAUAUGGUCUUAGAAAGAAGACAAAUUGUUAGAAAGAGCAAUUCAUGAACUUGGAACUAAUUGGAAGGAAGUCGCAAAACAUUUAUAUAACAGAAAUCCUUCUUAAUGCGCUUAAAGGUGGAAGAGAAUUAAGCCUGUGUCAGUAUGUUUAAUUUUAAAUAAGCCCAGUAACGCUCUCGACAUUCUUGGAGUGCAAUUGAAGAUUAAUAGUUAUUAGAAUUAGUUUAAAUACAUAAAAGAAAUUGGGGAAUGAUUGCCAGCAUAAUGAAUUGGAGAACGGGAAAGUAAAUUCGAGAACGAUUUAUAAAUAAAUUAAAUCCUGAAAUUAGAGCUGAACCAUGGUCAAAGGAGGAAGAUCUUAUUGUCAUGGAAGCAUAUUAAAAAUAUGGAUCAAGAUGGACAGAAAUAUCCAAGUUAUUAAAAGGGAGACCUGUAUAAUUUAUUAUUAAAAUUUAUUAGGAAAAUAUGAUAAAAAAUAGGUUUUAUUCCUUUAUUAGGAAAGAAUAUAUGAAUAUUUAAAAUCCUUAUUAUGUGAUACCUAAUUCUUAAUAAAAAACGGAUGCUGAACAAUUAAAAUCAACUUAAUUUUCAAAUGAUAUCAAUAAGGAUGAUUAAAAUGAAAAUAGUUUAUCAUGCCAAAGCAGUGUUUUAAAAAAGAAGAAAUAAUCUAAAAUCUAAAAGAAAAAAAUGAAAAAAUAAAAUUCAAGAAAGAAACAAAAAGAACCAGAAAAAAAAAUAAAUAAUAAUAUUCUUAAAGAGUAAAAUGAAGAAGUUUUAAAUGAAAUUAUCUCAGCUGAGAGUUGCGAAGUUUAAGUUAAAGAAGAGGAUGAUAAUGAAAUUUAAGCAAAUAAAAUUGCAUAAAGUGUUUUAAGUUUAAGCUUAAACAAUAAUCUCAAUCAGAUUCAUAACGCAUUAAAUUCUUAACAGUUAUUUAAUGAACCAUUAAGAUCCCUAUACAAUUCUUAAGUCUUUUAAAACUAACCCUCAUAAUAAUAGCAAUUUUAAUAAUAAUAAUGUAAAUAUUUUUACUAAAUUAGACAUUGCUGCUAUGUAUUUUAAAUAUUAUGAAGGAAUUGCUAAUUUAAUCAAAAGCUAAAGCCUUUCAUAAUCAUAAUUACUAAAAGAGAGCCCUCCAAUCUUAUCAAAUGUUUCUAGUCAAGAAACAAAUUAAUCUUCACUGAUGUAACUUUCACUAUCAAAUAUGAAUUUUUGUUAAUUUCCUUACAUAUUGAGACAAGAGUCUUUUCCUCAUUCAAUGAACAAUUCAUAAUUUUGAAAGUAAGUUUGAGCCU